CAGGGUUCAAAACCCACCACCAGCACCCUGAGGUGGUAGUGGACGAGGCGAAGCUGAAAACACCACACAGCUGACCGGUGAGCUAAUACAGGCUGACUUUUUAAAGGAUGGCAGAGUUGAACCUGUAUCCAUACCAGGAGGAAGUGGUCGAAAGAGCUCUUCAGGGAGAAAAUGUAAUCAUUUGGAUGCCGACAGGAGGAGGAAAGACGCGUGCUGCUGUGUAUGUGGCCAAAAGACACCUGGAGACCACGCCACGGGCUAAAGUGGUGGUCCUGGUGAACACGGUUCACCUCGUCCACCAGCACCACACCAAAGAGUUUAAACCUUUCCUGGGCUGUGACUUCAAGGUGGAAGCAGUCAGUGGAGAGAGCGAUGAGAAGGACUUCUUUGGACUAGUGAUGAGGGACUCACACGUGGUCAUCUGUACAGCACAGAUAUUGUAUAACGCUCUAGUUAACACAGAGGAAGCCAAACAUGUUGAGCUCUCAGAUAUUACUCUGCUGAUAAUCGACGAGUGUCAUCACACCCACAAGGACUCAGUCUACAACGAUGUGAUGUCGUGCUACGUGGAGAAGAAGUUGAAUGGAGAGAAAAAGUUGCCACAAAUCCUGGGUCUCACCGCGUCACCAGGGACAGGGGGAGGCCGGAGCCUCGACAAAGCUGUGGAGCAUGUGCUGCAGAUUUGUGCCAACCUGGACUCAGCCAUAGUGUCAACUAAAAACUAUGUCUCCCAGCUGAAGCAGAAUGUGCCCAGACCCAGAAAGAGAUAUGACAUUGUGGAGAAAAGGCUUCAGGAUCCUUUCGGGGAUCAAGUGAAGCGAAUGAUGAAGGCGAUUCAUGAGAACAUGAACAUUCCUCCAGAUUUCAGACUGAGACGGUGCGGCACACAAGAGUAUGAGGCAGAUGUGAUGGAACUAGAUAGGCGAGGAGUCAUAGAAGACAACAGACUGUUGGCACAAUGUGCACGUCACCUCAGAAAGUACAACGACGCCCUGCUCAUCAACGACACCCUGCGGAUGAUGGAUGCUUAUCGCUCCCUAGAGGACUUCUACAACGAUUUCACCACAAAAAUUGAUGAGACAGACUUCUUCCUGGCGAGACUUUUCCAAGAGAAUCAGGUGGAGCUGCAGAACCUGGCAAGAGAUUCUCGCUAUGAGAACCCGAAGAUGGCAAAACUUGAGAGCAUUCUGCUCGAACAGUUUGGUGAAAAAAGUAAAAUGGGGAAAAAUGUGGAAUCGAGGGGAAUCCUCUUCAGCAAAACACGUAAGAGCAUCCACUUCCUAAAUGACUGGGUCCUCAGCAAUAAAGCCUUACAGGAAGCUGGCAUCAAGGCCGCCAUCCUAACUGGAGCUGGCAACGGAAACACACACAUGACACAGAAUGAGCAGACAGAAACAAUCCGCCUUUUCAGCCAGGGUGCUCUCAACCUCCUGAUCUCCACCAGCGUGGCUGAAGAAGGCCUCGACAUCCCUGAAUGCAACCUGGUGGUACGCUACGGACUGCUUACAAAUGAGAUUGCCCAGCAGCAGGCCAGCGGACGUGCCAGAGCGAAAGACAGCCAGUAUUCAGUGGUCGCCGACAGAGGGGGGGCGGAGGAGCAGCGAGAGCGCCUCAAUGAAAGCUUGGAAGAGCUGACUGGAAAAGCAAUCGCUAAGGUCCAACAAAUUAACCACGAAGAGUUUCGCAAAAAGAUAUCUGAUCUUCAAAUGCAGGCAUUUAUGAACAGACGACUUGCCGAGAGCCAGAAAACAGAGAAGAGGAGUGGUAACACCGCUGCCAGUGUCCAACUUCUGUGUCGAAACUGUUCAAAGUCUGUGGCCUCUGCCAGCGACAUUAAACUUCUUGAAAAAACACACUUUGUCAACGUCAAUCCUGGCUUUGAGAGACACUACAAAGUUGGUGAGAAAAAAGAGCUAACAAGGAGUUUUGAGAACUGGGAGCCUGGGUGUAAAAUCAGGUGCAGCAACUGCGACCAGAACUGGGGAUUUCAGAUGAAGUACAAAGGAGAUAUCCUGCUGCCCAAUCUAGCCAUAAAGAACUUGGCCCUGAAGACCCCUGAAGGCAGGAAGACGGUGAAGCAGUGGAAGGACGCCCCUUUCACUGUUGAGGACUUCAACUUUGAAGAAUACUGCAUAGACAAUGUCCCUGACCUUUUAUAUUAAGACACAAACAAAAGAGCUCAGUGUGGGUUUUUCUGCUCCUUCACGUGUAGAUAUUUAUUUGUCUUUACGAGUAUCACUGGUGUGCCUAAAUAUGAACACAGGCUUUUAAAAAAUAAUUUAAAAAUCACUCCUCACAAGCUUGCAUUAACUUGUGCUGCCAGGCCAGUGAGGCAGCAGUGUGCUAAAACCCAUUACACAUUGAUCAUGCUUGAAAUUAGCAUGACAGCUUUGUUUAUGCCCAAGGUCCUCGCUCCCUUUGCAUGUGUUUGUGUGUAUUUCCUCUGUUUCUGUGCUCUACUUGAGAUGAAGCAAAGCACUCAAUGAACUCUGUUCUAACAUGAACCUUACCCAUCAUGAACACUUGAGGUUUCAUCAGGAAUAUGGUUAGUCAUGAACUUUAAAAUUUCCCAGUACAUGUAGUAUACAUGCUUGUGCCCUGCAGAAGUUGUAUGUGUGGAUAAUCUAAAAAACGUAUAUUUCAGGUGUUUUAUGGGAUAUUUAUAUUGUUGUAUACUAUUUAUAACAAUGAUAUAUGGCUAAAUCAAAACUAAACCUUACAUUAAAUUUUAAUAAACGUUAAUCUUGAAAUA